UGCGCUCGUGUCCGCGGGGACUCAGGAGCCGUAAAGAGACGGAUGGAGGGGAGGAGAGGAAGGAGGAAGGAGGGAGGAGAGGGAGGAGAAGGAGUGAGAUUUCUUACCCAAUCCGCCUUCUCCCCGGGGAGCGCGCGCGAAGCCUUCCCUGCUCCAUCCCUCCCUCUUGUUCGCUCGCUAAUCAUUGCAUUUGUUACUUUCUCUCUCUCUCUCUCUCUCUCUCUCUCGCACUCUCUCGCUUUUUUUUUGAAGCAUGAGCGUCCGUUUUUCAUCCCGCUUUUUCAUCCGCGCGCGCGUUUGCUCGCUUCUUUUCUGCUUCUUCUGAGCAACUUAUCGAGCAGACAGACGCUUCGCCUUGAUCCGGUGCUUUUCUCCUUUGAGAUGCUUGGCGAGCUCUCUCCUCCCCCUUUUAACUAGACACACACGCACGCACACGCACUCAUACUCUUACACACAAACGCGCAAACACGCACACACCGGUUUCAUCUUGAACUUGCGAGGUUUAUUAUUGGGAAUCUAAAAUAAGAGAGGAGCAACCCGGUGGGAUACGGAGCGCUCGCGCGCCUUCAUCAAGGACCCCUUUGGAGAGGAUAAGGACCCUUGUUGACACUUUUUUUGGUCGCUUAUCUCUUUUUGCCUCCUCCCUUUCAGUUGGUUGUUGUUGUUUUCUUUAUUACUAGCUAAUCCGGAGGAUUUCUUUUCUUUUUUUCUUCUUCUUCAUCUUUUUUUUUUUUUUUUUUUUUUUUUUUUUUUUUUAAUUAUUCCGCUCGAUUAGCCGGUUUUCGAGGGCCGUUUUCAUGUUUUCCAUCCAGGACGGUCUCCCGCGGGGAGCGCUCACCAUGAAGGAAGAGCCGCUCGCCAGCGGCAUGACUCCGGUGCGCUCUUGGAUGCAGAGCGCCGGGAUACUGGACGCCAACACGGCUGCACAAAGCGGUGUCGGUUUGGCCCGAGCUCACUACGAGAAGCAGCCUCCCUCCAACCUGCGCAAAUCCAACUUCUUCCACUUUGUGUUGGCGCUGUACGAUCGGCAGGGGCAGCCGGUGGAAAUCGAGAGGACAUCCUACGUUGACUUUGUGGAGAAAGACAAAGAAUAUAACGGUGAAAAGACCAACAAUGGCAUCCACUACAGGUUACAGCUCCUCUACAGUAAUGGAAUCAGGACAGAGCAGGACCUGUUUGUACGGUUGAUAGACUCCAUGACUAAACAGCCAAUCAUUUAUGAGGGCCAGGACAAAAACCCAGAGAUGUGCCGUGUCCUUCUUACCCAUGAGAUCAUGUGCAGCCGGUGUUGUGACAAAAAGAGCUGCGGGAACCGAAACGAAACACCGUCAGAUCCAGUGAUCAUUGACAGAUUCUUCCUGAAGUUUUUCCUCAAGUGCAAUCAGAAUUGCCUGAAAAAUGCCGGGAACCCCAGAGACAUGAGACGCUUUCAGGUGGUGAUUUCCACUACGGUGAACGUAGACGGCCACGUGCUGGCUGUGUCUGACAACAUGUUCGUCCAUAACAACUCCAAACACGGAAGACGCGCUCGCCGCCUCGAUCCAUCUGAAGCAGCCACUCCAUGCAUCAAAGCUAUAAGCCCCAGUGAAGGCUGGACGACUGGAGGAGCCACUGUCAUCAUCAUCGGAGACAACUUCUUCGACGGGCUACAGGUCGUCUUUGGGACCAUGCUCGUCUGGAGCGAGCUCAUCACACCCCACGCUAUCCGUGUUCAGACGCCACCCAGACACAUCCCCGGGGUCGUGGAGGUCACACUGUCCUACAAAUCCAAGCAGUUCUGCAAAGGAGCGCCGGGACGCUUCGUCUACACAGCUCUGAAUGAACCCACCAUCGAUUACGGCUUUCAGAGGUUACAGAAGGUCAUCCCACGUCACCCUGGAGACCCUGAGAGGUUACCUAAGGAGGUGCUGUUAAAGAGAGCAGCAGACCUGGUGGAAGCUCUUUAUGGAAUGCCUCAUAAUAAUCAGGAGAUCAUCUUGAAGCGGGCGGCCGAUCUUACCGAGGCUCUGUACAGCGUGCCACGCAGCCACAACCAGCUGCCCUCUCUGACCGGGUCAAGUGCACACUCAGGCAUGAUGGGAGUGAACUCGUUCAGCAGCCAGCUCGCCGUCAACAUCUCCGAGGCCACACAGGCCGACCAGGGUUAUUCACGUAACUCCAACAGCGUGUCUCCUCGUGGCUAUGUGCCGAGCUCCACGCCUCAGCAGUCCAACUACAACACCAUCACCUCCACCAUGAACGGCUACGGAGCCGCUGGCAUGACCAACCUCGGCGUGCCUGGUUCACCCAGCUUCCUCAAUGGAUCCACUGCCAACUCGCCCUACGCAAUCAAACAGAAGAGCGCCUUCGCCCCCGUCGUGCGGCCUCAGACCUCCCCGCCCCCCACCUGCACCAGCACCAAUGGGAGCAGCCUACAGGCCAUGGCUGGUCUCAUCGUCCCUCCCAUGUGAAGCAGGAGGAGACGUUUGCGCUCAUUGAGCUUCACCUGAUGAAUAUAAAACUCCAAGAUUCUCAAGAACUCACCGACUCAAACGUCAUCUUAGUAAAUAUCCUCACAUCAUCAUCAUCAUCAUCAUCUAAUGGAGGAGCGUUUUUUUUUUCUUUUCUUUUUUGAACAAAUAAAUCUUUUCCACAAUCUGGACAACCUGGACAAAGUGCAUUUAAAAGAUAAAGACCAACCAAACGUCUUUUCUUUCUAUUUUCUGUUGGAUCGAAUCCCCUUUGAUCGUCGUCGUCUCCUGGGAUUGUUUUUGCAAAGAACAGCAGCCGAAGCCAUGAAUGCGAACGCAGCUAGCUUUCAGGAUUGGAGAUGAUUUCAGCACGACCUGAACAGUUUGGAAGUGUGCAGCGGUGACCCGCGGCUCGGCUCCAGACUUUUUAUUUGCAUGCGGAGCGGAUCUUGUCUAAUUUCAGUUCAUAUUCAUGAACUUCAUCAUGUAAUGAUGGAGCGAGCCAAGUGGAAAAGGGAAUAAGCUCGUAAAAAAAAAAGUCAAAGCGAAGGCGAGAAAUGAGGAAAUCUACAAGACAAGUGCUAACUUCUUCCCACUUCUUAUGCUAACUCAUACGAAGUCUUGCCAACGUCAAUUUCUACUACAUGUUCACCACUGAAAAAAAUAGAGAAUUUCAAGAAUGAUGUUACUAACCUGAUCCAGAUGCACAACGGCCGGGUUGAGCUCGAAGAUUUAAAGAAUCGGCAUCAUUUGUUUUGUUUUUUAGAACGAGUCGAUGAGUGUGUAAGUACAUUAGAGUCGCAGGUGUGUGGAUCGCUAGAUUUAAACCAGGAAUGCUUUCUGCAACUUUAUUCACAUUUAGGUACCAGACAUUAUUGUUGAACUUCUUGUGAAAUUUUUUUGUAUGUAUUUAUAGAAAAAAAAGUAUGUUUGGAGAUUUCUUUGGUGAUUUAGGCCUGAAUUAUAGUAUCACAUAUCUCUUGAUGUCUUAAUACCUUUUAGAUCUUGUAAAAAAGUGUGAAAAGUCAACCUUUUUUUUCUUUGUAAAAACAAAACAAAAAAAACCCCACAAAAAUUCCAUGUCAGGUCACCUGUUUUUUUUUUUUUUUUUUUUUUUUUUUAAAGCAGGAUGUACUCUCCACCACUUUUGUAAAGGAACAAAAAAAAUUACACUUUAAUUUGUAUAUUUAACUUUUUCUUUUUGUAAACAGCAUUUUGUGUUCUCGUUCAAACUUCCUCGUCCUGUGAGUUCUUGUGACAAAAACGUGUACGUUCAUCAUUCUUUCUAACUGCACUGUUUUCUUUGGGGAACUAACAAGAGCAAUGUAUCUUAGCGAACAAACCUAAAUGGAAAAAAAUGUGGUAAAACGAAAAACAGUUCCACAAAUAGGCACCAGUAUGUUCUCACACAUUGAGUUAUUUUGUUACUUUGGUGAUGACUGAGAUGAAUGAUUGCUCAACAUUUUUUAAAGGUCAGGUCAGGAUGCCUCAUUGCGGUGAGUUUAAACGAGUGAACUUUUAGGAAAACCGACAGUAGAUAAUAUGCCCUAAAUUUAAUACUUAGUAAAAAAAAAAUUAUAGACAAAUUGUUGAAAAUUCCAAGAUGGCAAAAUAUGAAUUUACGUACAAAAUAUUAAAAAUACGUCUAUAAAAUUGUACACAUUGCUUAGAAAACUGACUGGAGAAAUAACUAAGGUAAUUUUAACAUAAAUAAUUUAAAAAAAAAAACUAAUGUUAUUUCUAGCAUCAUUGCACGCAACCUGCAUAAAUUACGUAUGCAAAAUGCAUUUAACAGUCCGCACAGGAUUUCGCUGAUUUUUUUGUGAUUGUUGCGGCCAAGAAUGCUUGAUUUUGCUGCAGCUUUGUUCAAAAUUUGCGAUAAAAUUUGCAGAAUUUUUUUUUGCUGAGAACUACCUGAAUUUGGCAAAACUGCAACUGCACGGAAUAGUUUUGCACCAUCUUUCGCAGUAAUGUAUGUUGGUAUAUCAGACCUUUUAGCUGCACUCAGAUUCAACUCACGUGAAUCGAAGAGGGCUUUGGCUGAAUGCUUGUUGUGAAAUCUGCAGUGAUUUAGAAAAAUUUCAAGCUCCUAUGAAUAUUGUGGAGUUUGCUUGAUUUUGUGUUCAUUUCUGCGAUUGCAAAAUCACGAAAUCCUAGAGGGACUGAUUUAAUGCAAAUCAACUUGAAAUCCAGAACACAGAGUGGAAGUCAUGCAGUUAUGAAGUUCCUUCAGAUUUAUUAUCUGCUUUUUUUUGUGGAUGUAACAAAGUAGAGGGUCUUCUGUAGAGCAAAGAUCAAAUCUCACUGGGUACAUAUUUAGACUCUGAAGGGACAUGUUGGUUAUUUUUCUUAUUUGCCGUGGCCAUGAAUUAAGUAUAUUGAGGCCACAAACUAAGUAUCUCAUGGUCGUGAAUUAUAUUGUAUCCCACAAAAUACCAAAUUUGCGAAAAGUCAUGCUUAAUACGUGGCUUCCAGUUAAUUAUUUGACUAUAACAGCUGAAAAUAUCACUUAAUGCUACAUCCAUGUCACAUCCAAGUGUAAUUAUUAAUCAUCUCCAUGAUCAGGUUCUUGGGGCUACAAUUGUAUAAUUGUAUGAUUUCUCAAUAUAGGAAUGAACUUAACUUAUUGCUUUAAUAUAUUAAUUUGUGGCCACACCUUAUUAAAAAAAUUACCACCAUGUAGUUACCCAAAACAUUACUGAGUUUCCUCAAGAUUUAUUCAGCAGAUGAGGGGAAAAGAACACUGCAUUUCGAUUGUCCAAUGUAGAAACCAUCUAUAGACUGUCUGGAAGCAGCUUAUUAACUGAUUCUGCCAUGAAAACUAUCAAGAGAGCCCACAUGAACUGAAUUUGGCAUUGUGAUAGGAUGAGGGACGAGCUAUGGAUGUUCUACUACACAUCGAGACCUCUAACAUGGACCAUCCGAAUAAAGUGAGAGCAAAAAAGUUACAUGUUUAUAGUCUUUAGAGUGUCUAUAGAUCUACUAAAGGUCUACUCUAGAUCUACUAUAGAUCUACUCUAGGUCUGCUAAACAUCAUCAGCUGUGUAAGGAAUAAAACAUGAUGGGGGUGUGCAGUUAAAUAAUCAAUAGAAAAAGAAUCAGUGUCACAAAGUCUUUUAUUCCUCUUCCACCACAGCAAUUUAUUUUAAAGUUACCUUUACCACUGACUAUUACAGAGCACUGACACCGGAGACUCCUUCAAUAAAUGCUAAAUAAAUGUCUCCUCACAGCAAUAUUAGUCAACCAAUUGAUCUGACCAAUCAGAGUUAAGAAUUCAACAGCGCUGUGGUAUAAAAACUGUUGACAUAUUGUUUAAUGUUAGCUAAAAAACUCAACGUGGGGCAACAACAGGUUGUUGACAGUCUAUAGGGUUGUUUUUAAAAAUUGUUUAGACCAUUUGUUGAGUGUCUACAUUGAACUAGCUAAAUAGAACAAUGUAUAAAUGAAGCCUUGAAAAAACAAACGUUAAUAGUUUGGGAUAUUUACGUACAUAGUUCGGAUUUUUUGCGCGUUGCUCUGUUUUUUGAAAAUUGAUAUCGGAAACUCAAUUGAUCUCAAUGGGUGAAACUUGGGUAAGAAAACCUCUCUCAAGUGAAUUGUGGAAUUGUAGCUUGAAAGUAAAUGUUAUGAGUUUGCUACAUUCGAGUUUAUGUUCGCAUCAAGUAGCAUCAUUUUAAGUUAUAAACUAAAACAUAUGCCAAUAUAGAUUCGCAACAUCUGCCGUAAUCAAAACAGUUAGCUAAUUCUGUAAUAAAAAGUGCAUUUUUUUACCCAAUGAUAUGUGCAUUUAAUUGUGAGCAGUAUAAUGUUUUAUUUAUUUGGGAAAGAUUAGUUGACAGGAUCCAGUGUAAUCAAUAAUAAAUAAUUCACAGCUGUUGCCAUAGGGACGUAUGUUGUAUCCUUCACCUGUUACGAUAACCUGUCGUAACUUGUAAUCCGUCCCCCAACUAGGAAAAACCAAAGAAAACCCCCACAACUCGGGAACCUCAACUCCAAGUUCAGCCAGUGAAGUCGAAUCAAAAUGGCUGCUCAGAGCAUCAACAGUAAACAAAUUAGCACCUCUUUCAUUUACUGCAUAUACAUCUAUUGGCUUUAGACCAAUCAACAUACAGACAUAUUUGCAUGUUAAAUCUAUAACAGAACUAAAUAUACAUGUCAUCACAAUUAGCUGGCUAGCUUGUUGCUAACAAAAGACGAACAUGUUUUUUCUUCGUGUGUUGGUAGCUUGAAACGCACGAAGGAUGAAAAUGAUAAAUCCGAGCUCUGAUUUCCGAGAAUACACGGUAACACCUUGUGUAGAAAAGAAAUGUUACAAUGUCACCCACUGAGAUCAAUGGAAUGCACCGCAAUGUGUGAAAUCAUUCUGACUAUAAAUUUAAAGCUAUUUAUUUACCAGAUAUUUCAGAUUAUAUUGAAGGUUUUAUUCAUAUGAUGUCAUCUCCGAGGCUGAUUUUAAACUGAACGCUAACGGUGCAGGUAUAAAUAAAUAUAUGUAGAUGUAAAUUCAUAUAAAAGAUUUGGGUGUGUUGAUGAGUGAGUACAUGAAAUAUAUCUCUCUCUCUUUUUUUAAUGUACUGAUUUUUGCCUUUAAAUCACUAAACGAGAAGAACUUUACUGUUGGAAUGAAGUCAUCACUAUUUAUGUUCUGUAUGUGUGAAAAAAGACUUAUGUUAAAUGUCACAUAUUGAGCCAUUAUACAAACACAAGUUCAGUCUCUCUCUCUCUCUCUCUCUCUCUCUCUCUCUCACACACACACACACACACACACACACACACACACGCACACACUUCCUGUCUAUCCUGUCAUCGUGUUGCGUUUUAGGGUGUAAGAACACCAGGUUUGACUUUCCUUUUCCUUUUUAUUUCCCCGAUGUUGAAAAGGGUAGAGGUACUGCUUUCUGAUCUUUGUGAAAUAUUGAAAUAUAUUGAAAGUAUAUCAAAAGCACAAUGUUUAAUUAAUGUCUUUAGAACUGAGGAGAACCCUUUCGUCUCCUCUCACACAUAAAUGUGCUGUACAUAAGUGCAUGUUUUUUUUUUCCUUUCUUUGUUUUUUUUCUGUGAUACCGUGGUUUUUGUACAGAAACAGACUAAUAAAGAUUACAUUUGGCUUGAAAAAGAAAACGGAUGCCUUAAUGACAGCAAUAACGAUGAUGAGAUGGUUUUCUUUUUAUGGCAGCGAUUGACAGAGCCGUUAAAAUCAAAUAAGCGGAUUUACAAACAUUACAUUUUUCUUUUCUUUUCUUUUUUUUUUAGAGACUUAAAAGUCCACAGGUUUUUAGGUACAGAAUUCCAGGUUGUGUUGCCAUAGUAACUAAAAUUUCAGACAAAAAGAUGUUAAAAAUGAAAGGUGAGACAAAAAGUGCGAUGUUAAAAAAAAGGUGAGACAUAAAAAUAUAAAAAAAAGAAAAUCGAAUAAGACUGGAAAAUAAACAAAAAUAAAUAAAUAUAUAAGCAGUAUAAAUAAAAGUAAAGUGCUCUUUUUUUAAUUUAAGAUACUAAGUAAAAAAAAAAAAGACCUUAAGCCAUCAAGAGAAAAAAUAUAAAAAAGAAAUAACUAAUUUAAUGCAAUUUAAUUUAAUACUCAGAGUUUUUUUUAAUGAGAAUUUUUUUUUAAGCUCUCUUGUUUUUAGUUUUCAGAAUUUCAAAUAUUGUUGCUGUAGUAACUAAAAGUUCAGACAAAAAGGUGUUAACAUACAAAAAGGAAAGUUGAUAAAUAAAUUACUCGGUUAAUAAAUAAUAAAUUAUUCAAGUAAAUUGUAUUUAAUGUUUAAAAUCUUUUUCGAGAUUUAAGAGCUGUCAGGAUUACAAAUCCUGUUCCAAUGGAAAAAACACAAAAAAACAAAACAAACAACAACAUGUAAAUAAUGAUUAAUAGCAAUAAGCAAUUAACUUUUUAUACUUCAGAUGUUUUGGGCUUUUUUUUGU